AUGAUGCUGGAGGCGGCGGCGACCGCCCUUUCGCCCUGCAAGGAAUCCCCCGUCUACACCCCUCCCCCCAUCUCCAGAGUCCAUCGCCCAUCUCCAUUCCCACCCAGUCCAAGAUUCCGCGCACCAAGGAUCUCCACCUCCCCGAGCCUCCAGCCUGCUCGUACGCUACGUACAGUACCUACAAAUAGUGUGCUGCUGCGCGUUCCCACAGUGGCUACUGACUGGAUAACGAACCCCUCCUCCCCCUCCCGCAUGGUCUCUCCUCUCGCUCAUGUUCCGUGCCCAUCGUCUCGUCUCGUCUCGUCUCGUCUUGUCUCUUGUUUAUCCUCUCGCCUUGCCCGGUUUUUAGAAACAAGGACCGACGCUGCUCUUGCAAAAGGACCCUGAAAUGAACAAAAACUACGUAAGUAAGGCGGUGGUCGGGGUCCUGGGCUCCUCCCAGGCGCGCUAAGGACUCGCUCAGUUAGUUCCACGUCGUUGAAUGAAGAUCGCUGGGGACCUCCCUUCUCUGACACAAGCAAAGUGUUUACAACGGGGCCCGCUGCCUGCUCGCGUGUCCCGCUACCCUUUUCCAAAGCGGCCUUGCGGCUUGCCUCCUUCUUCUUGCCGUAGUCGAGCCGCCGCUAAUUCGCAUCCCCAGGGAUGCCCUCACCUAUCUACCUACCUCAAAGGUGCUACUUAUUUCUCUUCACCUUCCCCUA